UGUCGUCUUAAUAUUUCAUGUUAAGCAGAUUACGCAGUCAUAUGCUGAUAGAGAUAUUUUUAACAAUAUAAAGUUUGUGUUAUUUGACUUAAUAUCAUGAAUGAAAAAAAAUGAAAAAAUACUUUUAAUUUGCAAAUAUCACCAUAUCCUGUUGAAAAUACUUUUAUUUUGAAAAUAUGACGCCAUCCUGUUAAAAUACUUUUAUUUUGAAAAUAUGACGACGUCCGGUUGACGCGCGCUUAGUUUUGCCUGCUUCAAUGCUACGUAUAGGAUAUCAGAAAAUACUAUUCUGCUCCGUUAAAUCUACGUUUUGCCACUCCGUUAUCCGUUUGUCAUCUAUGAAGACGACAUCGCGGAAGGUGUAAGCGUAACUAACCGUAACUCAGAAAAACAUUUUUCCCGUUUGCUAACUCUUCACAGUGAAACGACAUAUGAGGAUAUGAUGGUGAAAUGGCUCCCCCCAGUUCAAAUAUUGAGCACCAAGCCUUUGACGCUAUUAAUACACGUAAAGGCCGCGAUUGAUCCAGACAGCGCAGUCGACGAUUUUAUCCAAUUCAUCACACAACCCGCCUUUCAGACAGUUAUCGAUCUCACGCAAGAUGGCGAUGAAGAUCCCACCGUCAACGUAACAGACAACAUCCCGCCUGAUUCCGCUCCGUCCCACAUCGAGAAUCCAAUAGGAUCCUGCGACGAAUCACUCCCUGGACCCGCCGACGAACCAGCAAGAAAGAAGACUAGAAAAACGAAUCGCCCCACCUCUCCGGUCAGUCCUGGACCGUGUGACGAACCACCAAGAAAGACUUAUCGUUUUACAGCGGUGGUCCGACCUGAAUCGAACGGCGAACUACCGAGAAAGGCUUAUCGUUUUACCCCGGCGAUCAGUCCCGAGAGCCCUCCAGAGAGGAAAACUCUCUGUCCGGUACCACCGAACAGCCCGGCGACCAGUCCUGAGACCGAUCUGUUUUAUGACUCGAGUAGAAGCCAUAAGGAUGACGUGACUACCUGGGGCAUGUCUCAAAUCGAUGCCUGGGACCAGAGUUCUUGGACGAGCGAGCGUGACGAGGUGUCUACCACCAACGCGGGUCAAACGCCAUAUCCUUCUCCCUCACCGUCGUCCGAAGGAGUAGAAGUGGAAGAAGUGCCGGCACCUCAGCCGCUUGACGAAUCAUUCGAUGAUCUGCCUCCGUUUCAUAGCCCCAUUAAUUCGAUACAAUCAUUCGGUCAAGAGUUUCGCGACGCGCAGGUUGACAUAAACAACAAAUACGUCGAACUCCGCGACGUACAAGAUGAUAUUAACAACAAAUUGAUCGCGUUGGGCAACGAGUCUCGCGACAGACAAAUCGAAACCCUUAGCAGAUUAGACGCGUUGCACGGUGAGCUCCGUGCGUAUCACCUCGAGACACGCAGUCGAUUCGAUGCUCAGGAUCGCUUUAUUCAGGAUCUGGCCAAUGAAAUAUUCCAACGCGUCAAUGCUAUGAGAUCGGCGAUUGAUCGGCAGUUUGAUAGAAAUGAUCGUACGGUGACUCAAUACCAAAGGGAAUUGAUGCUAAUAUUGCACCACCUCAUUCUCACCAUCGUAUAUGAGACUGCGGAGUCAAAUUGAAUAUAGACGUAUUCAGAGUAAUUCUUAUAUUCCAUCUAUACUUUGUUUACAUAUAAUCAGAUAUUUCAAGUAUUUCUUAUAUCUCACGUCUGCUAUGAUUGUUUAAAUAUUUCAUGUAUGCUUUUUAUACUUUGUUUUACAUAUAUAAUCCGAUAUCUGCUUUUAUACUCUGAUUUGUCAUAUAUGCUUUUGUAUUCUGAUUUUGUAAUAGUUCAUGUAUGCUUUUUUAUACUCUAUGAAAUGUGUAAUAGUUCAUGUAUGCUUGUUUUAACUCUAUGAUUUUGUAAUAGUACGUGUUUUGGUCUGAAAUCUAAAAAUGGACGGUUCAGACGACUUACGUCAAUCCUCCACAGAACUGACGUCGGACGAGAUCGAAAUGCUAAGUUUACUUCCGGACUCUUUAGAACAGUAUUUGUUUAAUCAAGAAUCCCCUCCUAUUUUGGAUCUUUUUGAAUUAGCCGUAAAUCCAAAUAUGAAUUUGUUCGAUCCUCUGCUUAGCCUAGACACCGACCCCGUUGUACAACACGGAGGUGUUUUAAACACCCUACCGGCGGCGUGUACCGAGGCUGAUCCUGACAACACAGACCACCCUGACGGUAAUGAAACUCCGCAAGCGUCCACAUCAGGUAACGUCGACCCUACUACACAGACUCGAUUAAGCCGUACAGACGUUGACAGGUUGAUUCGCGAGGGUGGCGACGUUAACGGAUAUCAUGUUUUACCACGACCUCGUUUCAAUAGCGUGACAUUGAGAAGGACUACGAAUCUGAGAGAGAUUAACUCUACAGAUUUAGCCUCUUACCACGCCCGGUUACACGGCAUGCUUACCGGAAUUGUGGAUUUCGCUAGGGAAUUUGACCAAAAUUCUCCGGUGAUCAAUAUCACAUUGACGGCUCCCAGUUUACAGACGCCCGUUAGCGGGAUUUUAACCCGCGGUAAUAAUUACGACGCGGAUGGGUUUAUGGAUCAAAUCGAAAGAGUUUUACAGAGCAACGACCGGUUACUAUCUGACCAAACCGUAGAAUUUGAAGCUUCCGUAGCCAUGAACAGACAAGGCGGGGGUCGUCGGAAACUCACGGACUUGGCUGUUGAUGAGGUGAUCAAAAGGAAAAAGACGAGUUUAUUUUGUCCGAUCAAUAUUUCAAAUAAUUUGUGUUUCUCCAUCUGUCUCGCCCGUUUUCUAAACCCCCAACGUCCCGAGAGCGAGUUAGAAAAACUGGCUUCCGUCAUCCAAAACAGCGUUGGCUUCUCAAUCCAAGACCGAAUCGGUCUCGGCGACAUAGCCUCGUUCGAACGAGCGCUAGACAUUAAAAUCGUCGUAUUGCACAGAUCUAACGCCAUGAUCUUAGAAACCUACAAAAAUUCUGACGAACCCCAUCCAAAAACGGUCUUUCUAUAUCUCCACGACGACCACUACUACAUGAUAACGAGUUUGAAGGCGUUCCUCGGCUCACCAUAUGUGUGUCCAUUUUGCUACAAAUCUUACAGCAACCUCAGAUACCAUCGAUGUAAGCACACCUGCAACAUCUGUUUCGACGCGGAAUGCUACAGGUUCCAAGCGAGAAACCUACAUUGCCCCGAUUGUUUGCGUUACUGUAAAUCGGCUUAUUGUUUCGAAAUGCAUAAAAAAAACCCACCUCCCGGUCAGGAAUACCCCGCCUGUGAUAUGAUCAAAUACUGCAAACUAUGUAACCGACGUUACGACGUUAAACCGGGCAACCAGAAAACCAAACACAUAUGCGCCCCAGACAAAUGUGUGCAUUGUCGAGAGUCUCUGACGGACGAUGGAGCACAUCAAUGCUUUAUACAACCUCUAGAGCUUAAGGAACCGUGUGAAAAGUAUAUUUUUUACGACUUUGAAUCGCGUUACGAAAACGGACGCCACGAGGCUAAUUUUGUCUGUGCCAUGACGUUCAAAGGUCAGAAAUUUACCGCCUACGGCACGGACUGUAUCGCUAAGCUAAUCAAGCGCUUCAGACAACCCCGAUACAAAGGCUACUGCUUCAUCGCUCAUUACGCCUCCAGAUUUGAUGCCUUUCUAAUUCUGGAGUAUUUUUGCAAAGCGGGGAUCGCGCUCGAGGUCAUAAUGCAAGGGUGCAAACUACUCCUGAUGUACGACGACGCAUUUGCCCAACGAUACAUCGAUAGCUACUCAUUUUUCCCAUUCGCUCUCGCCAAAAUGCCGGCGGCGUUAGACUUGACGACGACUGAAAAAGGCUAUUUCCCCCAUCUUUUCAACAGGGUGGAAAAUGAGAACUACGUCGGACCGUACCCUGACAAAAAGUUCUACAACUACGAGAACAUGUCGGAUAAAGCCCAAGAAAAGUUUGACGCGUGGUACAGCACGGUCAAGGGUGAGCUCUUUAACUUCAAGAAAGAACUGUACGACUACGGCGUUAACGACGUCGUGUUAUUACGUGAAGGCUGUAUGAAGUACAGGACGUCAUUCCUACAGUGCACCCAACUCGACCCUUUUGCGUUCACCACGAUCGCCAGCUGCGCAAUGGGGGUCUUCAAAACACAUUAUCUCAGCAGAAACACGCUAGCCCUGACGCAUAACAAGGCAUACAUCCAUCAGAAUAAGUCCUACUCGAGCGGUUCGAUCCAAUGGCUCGAGUAUAUAAAAAAGACUCGAAACGUGGACGUUCAUCACGCCGUAAACCACGGCGAGGUAUCGAUCGGUAAGUUCUUUUUAGACGGCUACUACGAGCAGGACGGCGUCAGGCACGGUUUAGAGUAUGGGGGGUGUGUUUUCCAUGGGCAUUGCUGUCGUUUUGAACCCAAUCAGACGCACCCCCUGUCCGGAGUACCCUACGGGGUUCUCAGGAACCAGUUUGACGAUAAGAUUGAAAUUCUCCGGAAAGCGUACGGUUUGCAAAUCGAGGUUCUGUGGGAAUGCGAAUGGAAUCGGAUGAAAAAGACCGAUCCCUCCGUGAUAGAAUUUAUGGCCGAUUAUUCCGCCCCCGAGAGACUGAAUCCGCGCGAAACGCUCUAUGGAGGCCGUAGCAACUCCUAUAAGUUAUACCACAAAGUGAGCGGCGAUGAGAAAAUAAGAUAUCUGGAUUUCACCAGUCUGUACCCUUUCUGUCAGGCCAGGAAAAGCUACCCGAUCGGACACCCCGAAAUCAUUUUCGCAGAUUUCGAACCGAUUGAAAAUUAUUACGGGCUUAUCAAAGCCACCGUGUACCCUCCCCGCAACUUACUCCAUGCAGUCCUUCCUUUCCGUUCGAACGGGAAGUUGACGUUCGCGCUAUGUAGAACCUGCGCUCAAGACCAAAACCAGACCUCGAGCUGUACCCACACGGACCAGGAAAGAUCGCUCUCGGGCUGUUGGGUCAGUAUCGAGCUUUUAAAAGCCAUCGAGAAGGGCUAUGUGGUAGCCAAGAUAGACGAGGUUUGGCAUUUUCCACAACGGUCAGACACGUUGUUUGCCGAAUACGUAAAGACCUUCUUAUGUUUGAAACAACAAGCUUCGGGCUACCCUCCGAACGUCGUCACGGAUGCUGAGAAAGAGGCUUACAUUAGUGACUAUUUUGAAAAAGAGGGUAUUCAACUCGACCCGGAAAAAAUCAAGUACAACGCCGCCCAAAGGGCGAUCACUAAAUUAAUUCUGAAUAGUUUGUGGGGACGCUUCUCUUUAAGACCAAACUUACCUCAAACGAUUCUGGUGCGCGAGCCCGAAGAUUUCACCAGAAUCGUUUUUGGCAACACCGACACCUUGUCCUAUUUCUCAUUCGUCUCAGACGACGUAGCUCUAGUCCAGCAUAAACCCGACAAGGACGAUGUUUGCAAGGCGCGCGACGUCAAUGUUUUUGUAGGCGCUUUCACUACAGCGCACGCACGACUGGAAUUGUACGAAUUGAUGGACAGACUAGGCGAACGACUGCUAUACUCUGACACCGACAGCGUCAUAUUCGUGUCUAGGGACGGCGACUGGGAGCCUCCUCUGGGUGAUCAUUUAGGGGAGCUGACGAGCGAAUUGGACCCCGACGACCACAUAACGACCUUCUGUGCCAGCGCUCCCAAAUCAUACGCGUUUGAGACGGUCAAAGGUAAAGUCGUCAUGAAAGCUAAGGGCAUAACUCUGAAUGCUAAAAAUUCCAAAGCUAUCUGUCUCGAAUCCCUGAUUGGUCUGGUCGACAGCUAUGUGACGUCUCACGAUAGAUCCAAAUACAUCCUGGCUCAUACGGAAAACAUUGUGAGGGAUAAAAAGACUCUCACAUUACAAAACAAAUCAGUCGUUAAGAGGUUUAAGGUCGUCUACGAUAAACGUCGGCUUUUAAGCGAUUAUACCACGCUUCCUUACGGCUACUGAUCAGAUGGCGAUGCACAGAGGUUCUCAGGAUGUGUCCGAUUUUGAUUUCAGACUUCAACACCCUUUCAGCUGCGUUGUAUCCGGACCGUCCAAUUCUGGAAAGUCUUAUUUUGUGAAACUUUUGUUGGAAAAAGGUUUGAAUAUCAUUUCGAAGAAAAUUGAAAACAUUGUUUGGUUGUAUGAUUGUUGGCAAACUUUGUACGAUGAUUUACUUCAAUUGUAUGACAUUAAAUUUAUACAAGGAAUACCCCAGAGUCUGAAUGAUGAUGAUUUACUGCCUGUUACCACCGCCAACCUUCUCGUCGUCGACGAUCUCAUGGAACAAGCUAGCGCUAACGUCGAACUGCAGCGCGUGUUCACUCAAUACUGUCACCAUCGUAAUCUCAGUUCUAUUUACAUAGUGCAAAAUUUAUUCGCGCAGGGAAAGUCGAGUCGAACCAUCAGCUUAAACGCCAAUUAUAUGAUCCUGUUUAAAAAUCCUCGGGACGUCCAUCAAGUGGCGAUGCUAGGUCGUCAAAUGUACCCCGGAAACACGAAAUACUUUAUGGAGUGUUAUCACGACGCGGUCGACCGACCUUUCGGAUAUCUAAUGAUAGACUAUAAAGCGAAAACUCCGGAGCAGUACCGUCUCAGAACAGGAUUGCUUUCAGACCGUCAAGUGGUUUAUAUCCCGAAAAAAAGAAGAACGUGAUCGCCAUGUCCGCGAGGCUUUGUAAGCAUCUGCCGGUGUUAAAAAUGCUACAUAAAGCCACUCCUAAACAACGACGCCUUAUAUUACAAUCGGCGUCCGACGAAUUCAUUUUAGCGCUCUGCGAAGUGGCUCUAAACAUCCUCUACGGGGUCAUUCCGGUCAGCAGGCAACAGUACCAAAAACUGAAAAAGAGAAGAGCGGCUAUUAAAUUUGUAGCCGAUAAAAAAAUCGGCAUAGCGGCCAAGAAACGAGUCUUCAACCAGAAGGGAGGGUUCCUGCUACCGCUCCUCAGCGUCGCCGUGCCGUUUCUCACGAGCUUGAUAGCGAAACGUUAGGAUGGAGUACGCCGAAAAGAUGUAUUUAGUCCCUCAUCAUCAACUUGAUAAGCUCAAGAGUGAAAAUGCUCGCGAGAACAUUCAACAGACCGUGGAGAGCGAUUUGGACGCCGCCAUAAGAAAUAUUUUACGCCGCGACGAUUUGAAUCCUUAUGAAAAAGUCAAACUUUACAGCCAAACCCUGAACAGGUUUUUGACCGUCGUUAAACAAGGGGAUCGUGAGAGCGGUGUUUUAACGCUUUCGUUACCCCAUCUUGACCCCGGUCCUAAAGACGAAUCGCCGACUGCCGCUAACGUCGAAGACGGUAAAGCCGAGGAGACCGUCGUCGCCGAAGUUCUGAAGAACGUCCCGUCGAGAAGCGUGAAAAACAGCAGAUACAUAUUAGACAAGAUGUCUAAAGCUAAAGGACUAAGCUCGUGGAACGAAUCCGGGGAGUUUGUGUUCAGGGGUAAAGCCGUACAAGGUUCGCACAUGGUCGAUUUGUUAAAAAAUGUUACGGCUCCGCAAAACGUUAGGGAUGAACGGAGACCUCCGGGAUGGUCGGAGUUUCUACGCGCCUUUGGCGAAUUAAACAUCCCUUUUUCUACGGUGCCGAACCAACAGGUCAGACGUACGAUUAACUCUCUAAAGAGUAAACCCUUAGAACCCCCAUCACCGUCUGUUAGACCUUAUAAAAGAAAAAAAGGGAGGAGAUAUUCACCUCCCUCGGGUGGAGAUUUUGAAGACUCGCCGUUUAAAUCGCCGACUAUCGACCUACGACAAUGGCUGGAAAUGUAACGACUCCUUAGAUCGAGCAUUCAUUCAUUUGUAUCUUAUGAUUAAAUAAAUAAAAGACGAUGAGAAAUAUAAUGGUUUAAGCUUUUUUUUUUUAUUUAUACGUCAAACAUGUCUGCACACAAUGAACGCACGAUAACAUUUUAUCAUUACAGACAUGCGGUCUCAAUCUCUUCACAAAGAGGGACACCAUUUUAUCAUUUCUAAUAUAAUCAUCGGUGUAUAGUUUCAUCACGUGGCUAUAGUCGCGACCUCUGGCUAGAUGAUAUAGAAAAAACACACAGUGCUGUCCGCAGGUAUCCGAUGAAUAAUCCUGGACGCGUCUGUCGGAGUAAAAUACGUCUACGUCGUUGACGUCUAGAAAGUUAUUGAUGCUGAUUGGAAAGCGGGGGCUGUCGGGCGGAUUGCCGAAGCUGUCGAAAAAACAAGCCGUCCCCUCUCGCGCUAAAUAAACGGCUAGCCAAUGCUCCCCCCGCGAUCGAGAGGGGUGGGUAUUAACGAUGCAGAACGACGGUAAGAUCCCCAACGGUUUUUUGGGUAGUUGAUCGCUCGGCAGAACCCCGAGAAAAUGAGUCCCGCACGCUAUUUUAUCCGCGAUAGCUGUGAGUUGUAGCGUGUUCAUCUCUCAGUAGUGAUCGAUCAGUACCUGUCUACGGUUAGACACUUCAAUGAGGCUGUCGAAUACGGCGUAGAUUAUUAAAUUAACGGUAUUCGGCAGAGCUUGUCUGAAACGAGCUUCUACUCUGAUGUUCCCGGACUUGAUGAGGGAAAUGUGCUGACCGCAGUCCUCGUCCGGCGUCAGGUUAAAUGCGUAGAGCGUGUAUCCGUUCAGGAAAUCAUUCCUGCUGAUACAGAGCGGUCGAUCUUUAAGGUGUCUCCCGGUCGUCAUCGCCAGCUGAUAAUAUUCGCGCACCGCCAAACCGGCGUCGAAAUUAGGUUGUAGGGGCUUGGCGGGAAAUUGUUGACCGUCCACGUAGACCGCUAGGAAUUCCAGAUUGUAAUGUUUGAACGCGAAUGGAUUUUUCUCGUAGGAGCCGGUGAAUGCGUCGUUAUCGACCAUACCGAUAACGAUAGACUUUGGCAGCGUUCCUAGAAACAGAUUUUCUUGAUUGGAAACUCGAGAGCCCGCGGGUAUGGAGAACGAUUUUAGACAGACCCUGUCGAUGGGGUACUUGGCCGUGGUCGAGAGCAGCGUUUGGGCGUGAGCCAGUCUCACCGGGGGUGAUACGGAAACUUUUUUGACAAAUAGGGACGCAGCCGCUAUAUGUAAUUUGUAAGCCAAGUCGUCGGACCUCAUCAGACAGAAUUCAUCCUUAGCCCGUAUGAACCGUAAUUUUAAAUCCAAUCCGUUAAUUAAAAGUUUCUCUUGAAAGAAUAUAUCGCUGUGUAUGGGGGCUAACAGUUCCACCUCGCUGCUUCGGCCGGUGUAGAGCGAUCUCUUCGUCAACCCCUCGUUACGACCUGCGGGGUCAUGUACGUCCAUGUGACCGGCCGUGUCUUUGUGAAACAGCCCGGCGCUGAAAAUACUUUCCAACGUAUCUUUACCGUAGUUGAGCAGACUUUCGAUGAUGCAGCGAUACGGAUGAGUUCCGGAGCUCUGAGAUAUCAGACGGUCGCCGAGGGUUACGUCGACCUGUGAAAACAUGGUAGCUGCCAGGUAAUUUAUCGGUCCCACCUUAGCCGGGUGAGCGAUAUCUGCUCCGUCAGGCCCCGUGAUUUUCACCCGUAGAUAGAGCAUCGUGUUGUUAAGAUCCAAAUAAUCGUCGCCGUUGCCGGCGAUAAAAAACUCCAACGGUGCAGAGUACGAUAUGGCCGAUAAUGGGGCUACUUCUAAAUAGCCGUUUUUCUCAAUAACGGUCUGCGUCAGCGGGACCGUAAAUAGGUCCAACUCGGACUUGAUGCACUCCCCCGACAUGCGGUGCAAUAACGCCAUGUUAGAAGAUGGUUUUUACGACUCUCUUGAUCGACGCCUUUCGUCUAACACCCGCCUUACGCUUUCUGCGUACGACUGAGCGUUUCUUCGGUCCGAGUGUUGUUUUCUUCUUUCCCCACUGGCCACG